AUGGCUGCUAGGAGUCCUAUGAUCGUUAGCAAUACGUUGAUAGCUGAAGAGUAUCUUUGCCAGGAGUAUUGGCUAGAUAGUGUUGGUUGUUUCUGGAAUAGGUUCAAAGGGACAUGGCUUCGCUGGUGA